UGUUUCCUUGCAGUCCCCAUCUUGGGCCUUGGGCGUACAUUUCUUCCCCCCCCCCCCCCCCCCCCCCCAGAAAAUGGGCAAUGGCCUUGAGAUUUCAUCAUUGAAUUGACCAGCCACAGGUCAGAUCCAUGAUAUCUCAAGAAGGCCUCAUUCCGUCCAUCUGGUUGCGUCUGGAUUCGAACCUGGGUAUAGCUACAGUGGCGUUGUUGGUCUUGGGUGUACCAUUCAGCCCCACGGACUUGAUCCCUCGUUCUACUGCGCAUUUGUUCAGUCCCUGUUUCGCCCCCGGGAGAUUGGGUGGUCCACAAAGUACGUGCUGGUUGUGCCGCAAGUUGGAUGUCUGGGCGGGGUUUAGCGCAGGCUUGUGUCGCUUGCCAGUUUGGGUGGGGGUGUGCGCAGCGUUAUGCCGCUGGCGUGUCGGAGGUCAUCCAUCAUCUGCGUUCCAUGAGCAGCGGCAGCUCAGCCCCUGGCCUUCUCCGUCGUCUUCGACCCCCCCUCCUCCACUUCUGCGUCAAGUGGCUACCUUAGUCAUUCCUGACGAUGCUGAGUACGCACGUUCAUUACCACGGCUGGUGAAGCUUCAGACAGUGUCGUAGCUGGGACGUCUUUGCUACACUAUCUGUUGCUGUCGACUAGCGGGAGGCCUGUUUUGGGUAUCAGCUCAAAGUGCAGUGAAGGCGGAGAUCAGGUGCAAGUAGGCUGGUGCGAAUUUACCUGGUGAAAAAGGUACUGGUCGCCCCUCUGCGCGUCCAUCAUGCCGUACAGUGGAAAGAGCACGCUUGCUUUGGUGUGUCGUGUCUCUGCCACUGUCGCAGGGGUGUCAUAUGGAUUUGUCAAGCUUCAGGCGCUCAAGGCCAUGGCUCCAGCGAAGAAGAAGGUUAAGUCUGAAUCAUCUAAACACUAACGCUUAUGUCUCUUGGGGAGGUGCUGCAGCAGUGGAAACAGUGAUUGCAUGAGAGCUAUGGAGGAGAUUUGUACGGCUAUGAUGUGGACUGUGGCUCAAGUGCAGGUGGCAGCGGAUGGUGGAAGGGAGGGGAUUAUAUGGAGAGAGAUUUUUGAGUGUGAGAAACUCGGGGGUUGACUGGCUUUUAUGUAAGAAUUUACCUCUGGAUUCUUUUGUUGCUUUUGUGAUGCUCUCAUGGAUUUGUGGUUUGACCCCUUUUCAAGGGAGUGGGUAGGGUUUGGGCAGGGGGGGAAAGGGGGGGGGGGGGGGGGGGGGGGGGGGGGGGGGGGUGCGUGGGAGAGGGGAAAGGAUGGCUUCCAAGGAAGAAGAUGUGUCGUAUGUGAAUGCCAUGGACUAUUCACAUGGUCACAUAGGCAUCAUUAUCAUUUCCAUUUUGCGAGGUGCAGGCAGGCAAAUGGCGCUCCUUGAACAAAGACGAGAAAAUGAUUUGCAAUGAAGUUUGCUCUGUUCCCACCACACUUCGAAUUCCCACUUGCUAACCUGAGCUUGUCUCAGUACGUUCUCACUACUUUCUGGGAUCGAUGAUUUUAUUUCAGUUGGAAAGGAAAAACAUUUCAAAAUAAGCCAAUGGAAGUUUGUCAAGACUCUCUCUCUCUCUCUCUCUCUCUCUCUCUCUCUCUCUCUCUCUCUCUCUCUCUCUCUCUCUCUCUCUCUCUCNUCUCUCUCUCUCUCUCUCUCUCUCUCUCUCUCUCUCUCUCUCUCUCUCUCUCUCUCUCUCUCUCUCUCUCUCUCUCUUGCAUCCACCUUCCUUCCUCUUGCUGCUUCCUUCGGUCAGCGGAUUACUGUUUUGUCUUUUAUUAACUGCUACUUCCUCUCUCCCUCUCUCCUCUUGCCAAUUGCAUGGCUAUUGGCAGUGCCAUUCAAGGAGCAACUCUCUGGUGCUGCUUUUCUCUGGUGCUCCCUUCCUCUCUCCCUCUCUCCCUCUCUCCUCUCACUGAUGGCUGUGCCAUUCAGUCAAUCAGCCCCAGAAGAAGCCCUUCGGGGCUGCCAGAAUGUUCCACAUACCAAUACUGCAAGCUGCGGGCAGGCAUCACCUUCUGUUCAAAUGUGCAGAACGCAGCUGACGGAUAAGAGGUGUGUGGAUAGUCUUCAGCAAGCCUGAAAGAGGGUGGGGAAUGGGGAUGGAGAGGAAGGAAGGUUAGAAAGGUCCUCACCUGAAUUCUCUCAUCUCAUUGUACAGGUACGACUUGCAUAUGAUGACAACUCUAGAAGAAGGUUUUGUUAUGCCAUUGCCUCUUAAGGACAUUUCUCACAUCUUGAUGUAGAGAGAAUUGAACACCAUUGCGAAACCGGCAAUGUAGUGAUGCACAGCUUAUCUCCAAAGGUAUACUGGCGGGGCUGGUGUAUAUGAUCAGAGUGCAAUGUUGCACAGAUUUGCAGUCCAUAUCAGAAAAAGAUUCAGAAUCACUGAGCUUGGCUCCAAACCGAGCCCUUUUUUUGUCUUUUUUCCCCCCCCAAACUGAGCCCUUAAAGC